CUUGAGUUGACAGAGCUUUACCUAUUAUUUUCAAACAUACACAUAAAUAUUAUUCUUUCACCAUCUCAUUUCUGUUUUCACAAUAAUACAACUGACACAGUCAAACUACAACAAUUACAUUCAAUUCAACCCUUUGUUCGCCCUUGCAUAGCAGCUACCUCACUGGCUACCUCCUCUCUACUCUUCUAUUCACCCUAAUCAAACCUAGGUACUCUUUUUUUUUUUCUUCUUUUUAACUCCCCUCGCUAAAAGCUGCGUAACGUUCACUGAUUCCAUCUUCUUCUCUGAACCUUCCAUCCACAUCUAACAAUACCCAUUCUGGAAAAACCACCAAAGACAACAUCUUUUCUAUUUUGGCCCACACCCCACAUGGCAUAGCUAAGCCAUUUGAAUUGGGGUUGGUAGGCACCGUAACAUUAAACCAAACCCAACACCUUUCUCUCUCUCUCUCUCUCUGUUUUUUUUUUUUUUUUGAAUCAGUGAACUGAUUUUAGGUUGAGAAGAUGGCGGGGGAGAAUAGUGUUGAGAUGGUGGCAUUGGAGUGUCUGGGGAAAGGGUUCGAUAUGGCCAGUGAUUUUCGGUUGAGGUUUGCAAAGGGGAUUCGUGGAGAGAGGUUAGUGGUGCUUGAUGAACAUAACAAGAGGGAUAUCUUGAUUCCUGGAACUGGAGGAGUUACCAUUAAAGCGGUUUCUGAGAAUAUUCGGUGUGAUAAAGGGGAUAGAAUACGCUUCAAGUCUGAUGUACUUGAAUUCAACCAGAUGUCUGAGUUGCUUAAUCAGAAAUCGACAGUGCAAGGGAAAGUUCCUUCUGGGUAUUUUAAUGCGCUUUUCGAUUUGACUGGUGAUUGGUUUCGUGAUGCUGCUGACAUAAAAUACCUUGCUUUUGAUGGGUAUUUCAUUUCACUCUACUAUUUGCACCUCACUGCUUCUCCACUCAUUCUGCAAGAAGAGGUAAAGAAGUCUGUUCCGGCUCAGUGGGAUCCAGCUUCGUUGUCUAGGUUCAUACAGACAUAUGGUACACACAUAAUAGUGGGUAUGGCUGUAGGAGGUCAAGAUGUAAUCUGUGUCAAACAAAGGCAUUCAUCAAAAAUUCCUCCUGGUGAUCUAAGGAGACAUUUAGAGGAUCUUGGAGAUUUUCUUUUCUCAGAUGUGAGAAGCCCUUCUUUACUCCAGGGGAAGAUCGCAGAUGGAAAACAGAAGGUCCCUGAGGUCUUUAACCGUGUGAUGCAAUCAAAUACAAUGCAGUUCACCAGUAUUUCAGAAACAUCAAGCAAGGAUGGACUCACUAUUAUUUGUUCAAAAAGAGGAGGAGAUAUGUUCAAACACAGUCACUCAAAUUGGCUUCAGACGGUGCCUUCUAACCCUGAUGCAAUCCUCUUCAAGUUUGUUCCUAUUUCCUCACUUCUGACAGGAAUUCCUGGAAGUGGAUAUCUUAGUCAUGCAAUCAAUCUGUAUCUACGCUACAAACCUUCUCUUGAUGAUUUACAAUACUUUUUGGAGUUUCAAAUUCCGAGGCAAUGGGCACCCAUGUUUUGUGAGCUGCCACUCAGGCAUCAGCGGAGAAAGACUGCUUCCCCUUCACUGCAAUUUAGUUUUAUGGGUCCGAAGCUUCAUAUCAUCUCUACACAGGUGGUAAGUGAACAAAAACCUGUGGUUGGCAUGCGCUUGUACUUGGAGGGAAGGAAAUGUGAUAGACUUGCUUUGCAUAUACAUCAUCUUUCUAGCCUUCCAAAUAAAAUGGUCCUCUCUUCAAGAAGCUCAACCUCGAGCAUGCCAUCUAUGUGGCGAGGAUCUGACGAUAAUGAUUCAAGCGAUCAAUUUCUGGAACGAAUAAGAUGGAAGAGAUUCUCAAAUGUGUGCACAGCAGUGGUUAAACAUGACCCUAAUUGGUUGAAUAGUUCCGGAGGUGUUUAUAUUGUUACAGGUGCACAGCUCCUUAGCAAAGGAAGUUGGCCAAGGAAUGUGCUUCACCUGCGUCUUCUCUUCACUCAUAUACCCAAUUGCAGUAUCCGGAAGUUGGAGUGGUCUGCUGCUCCAGAGGCUUCAAGAAAAACAUCUUUUCUCACAAAUCUGAGUACAACAUUUUCAUUCACACAGCAUGGCAACACUGGUCCUCCAAAGCAGGCUCCAACUGCUCUCAAUUCUGGUGUUUAUCCAGAUGGUCCACCUGUGCCAGUUCGCUCCGGUAAACUUCUUAAAUACGUGGAGACAGCUGAGGUGGUGCGAGGUCCACAUGAUGCUCCUGGCCAUUGGUUGGUAACUGCUGCUAAGCUUGUGACUGAUGGUGGUAAGAUUGGAUUACAGGUGAAGUUUGCAUUACUAGAUUAUUGGUGAUUCCAGGAUGCAGUUCACUCAAGUUAUUGCUUGAAAUGGUUUUGAAACUAUACAUCACUUGUAUAUAUUCUUUCUAAAGGCUCUGUACAGUACAGUAUACAAAAUGAAUGAGUGGCUGUUGACAUCGGGCAAUAGAAAACUAAAAUUUGGCUA